UUAUUCUGAAAUGAAAGCUAUCCGGAUGUAGCUAAUGCUACUGAGGUGCAAGUGUAGCUGCGUGGUUCCUUUUCCUGGUUACAAAUAAGUUUCCGACCUGUCAGUUCAGUUGUGCCACUUGUCGUUUAAAGACGUGUAUUUGAAGUCGUUAUAAGCCAUUCGCACUUCGGAUCCACCUGGAUGUUGAGCGCGCGUGCUCUGUUUGGGAUUGGUUUCCUGGUGACCUCGCGAGCCCUCGCGCAGUCUGGGGGGACAUGUCCGCUGUCUGCAGCGUGGAACAACUACAAGAAAGACUGUUUGAGCAGCAGACCUGCAUCCACCAUGGCCCAGACGCUCAGAUAUCUGGGGCAAGAAGAGGCGCAGCGCAUAGACGAGGAGCUCUUCAGUGAGUACGGCUUCAGUGUGGACCAGCUGAUGGAGCUGGCUGGACUCAGCUGUGCCACAGCUGUUACACAGGCGUAUCCACUCACAUCUCUUGUCAGGGCCCGGCCUGCACUGCUGGUGAUUUGUGGACCAGGGAACAACGGAGGCGAUGGCCUGGUCUGUGCCAGACAUCUUAAGCUCUUUGGUUAUGAGCCCACGAUCUUGUACCCAAAGAGGCCAAACAAGCCUCUCUUCCAGGGUCUGACCACACAGUGCCAGAAAAUGGAGAUCCCCUUCCUUACUGAGAUGCCUGAGGCCGAAAUGAUUGAUGAGGCUUACAAUCUGGUGAUAGAUGCCAUCUUUGGCUUUAGCUUUAAAGGAGCCGUGCGGGAGCCUUUUGGCUCCAUCCUAGAUGUGCUGAAGAAGACCACAGUCCCCAUAGCCAGCAUCGACAUCCCCUCAGGCUGGGACGUGGAGCAGGGCAGUGCCGAUGGACUGCAGCCUGACAUGCUCAUCUCUCUGACGGCUCCCAAGAAAGCGGCGUCCUUGUUCAGGGGACGGUACCACUUCCUCGGAGGACGCUUUGUGCCGCCGGGCCUGGAGAGGAAGUACGAGCUGAACCUGCCUCAGUACCGUGGCACAGAUUGUGUGUUACGACUGUAGGGAUGCACUUACAGGUUCUGCUUUCUCUCUAGUUAGAUGAGAAACACAAUGUCACCAUGAUCCAUACAGGACGUGUUGCAUACACAAAUUAAAAUGAACUAGAGACCUAUGUAAAUACCUUUGAUCAUCCACUGCUGUGUGUCAUGUAGUGAGACAUGACAAUUUUAAAAAUAAACUGUACUGUGUCAGCUAAAAAUAACAAACUAUUAAAGUUAUUGAAAAUGUU